AUUGGGCCGGCCGCUCAGUGGCUGGCUGCCUUGCAGUUGUAUCUAUCUGAGUGCUCUGCUUUUUCCUGAGAGGAAGGUAAGCAAGCAGAACCAAGCGCUUGCGCGUCGUUACCAAAUUUAAUCCGUUUGGUGUCACAGCAAGACCGACAAGCCAUUUCCCGGAGAAAACUGAAAUUAUUGACCUAACGAGGAUGAAAUCAUUGCAAGAAAUCAGUGAUCCUCAAUAAUGAAAAUGGUCUCUUCAUUUAGAAGAUACUUCUGGCUUUGUUCCAAUCAUCAAUUCAUUUGUAAGAACUGGCAACCGAAGAGAUUUCAAAUGAGCACUUCUGUAAUCAACAGAGAAAUGACCCUUAAGCAGAAGAGCCUCGAGAUCUUUCAGACUGCAAUCAAUACUGUUCUGCCUCAAAAUAUAAUCAAGAAUAAUAUUAGCAUGGAAGGAGAGAGGCUGCUGGUGCAACGUCAUUCUUUCCGAGUCCACAAAAAUGUCCACCUUGUCGGAUUUGGGAAGGCAGUGAUGGGAAUGGCAGCUGCUGUGGAACCGAUACUUGGAGACCAUUUGGUCCAAGGAGUGAUCAGUGUUCCUCUUGGGAUUCAGAAUGAUCUUCAGCUGACUGGAAAAAAGGACAUGCUUUUAAAGCCGCAGACAAAAAUACGGGUAAUGGAAGGAGCACAACAUAAUCUCCCUGAUGAGAAUUCUUUAAAGGCAGCAAACAGUAUCCAUCACUUAGCUGAAGGACUCACUGAAAAUGACUUGUUACUUGUGCUAAUCUCAGGAGGAGGAUCUGCUUUAUUACCAGCACCAAUCCCUCCUGUCACUUUGGAAGAGAAACUGUACCUGACAAAAGAUCUUGCCUCUAAAGGUGCAACUAUUGUGGAACUCAACACCGUUCGCAAGUCCCUCUCUCUGCUGAAGGGUGGAGGUUUGGCAAGAUCUGCAUACCCUGCACAGGUGGUGAGCCUAGUCCUGUCGGAUGUUAUUGGCGACAAUUUGGAGUCCAUAGCUAGUGGCCCGACUGUAGCGAACCUGCAAAGUAAAGAAGACAGUUGCAAAAUUUUGUCAAAAUACCACUUAUUAUCAUCCAUACCAAGGUCUGUGAAAGAAAUUCUAUCCCAGCCUAACACAAGAAUGGACCAAGAGGAAUUACAAGAUUUUGCUCAUGUUUUUAAUUUUAUUGUGGGAUCAAAUAAAAUUGCCUUAGAGGAAGCAAAAUGCAAAUCUGAGCACUUGGGUUACGAGAGUUGUAUCCUGUCCACUGGAAUGAAUGGAGAUGUGAGGACUGUGGCCAGACUGUACGGUCUUAUGGUCAAAUAUGUAUGCUCAGCUCUGGCAGCUCACAGUCCAGUGUGUGUGCAGGCAACUAGUGUGAAAGGUGAGCUGCUGCAGAUCAUUGAAAACUUGAAACUUCCUGAUUUCCAAUUGGACAGCUGUUUGGAGCUCUUAGAAAAUGCGCUGAGUUCAGGGAAACCGAUAUGUCUUUUGGCAGGAGGUGAAACCACGGUUCGUCUGCUGGGUAAAGGGAAAGGAGGCCGAAAUCAGGAGUUAGCCUUGCAUGUGGCCUUGGAACUGUAUCAAGCAAAAUCAAGCAUUCCACAGGAUCCCUUAACAGAGUAUGAGAUUGUUUUCCUUAGUGCUGGAACUGAUGGACAAGAUGGACCUACUGAUGCUGCUGGGGCAUUUGCUUACCCAAAACUAGUUGAAAAAGCCUCCCUUGAAGGGCUUAAUGUAGAGGACUUUUUAAAUAACAACGAUUCAUUUACUUUCUUUACCAAGUUCAAUAAAGGAGCCGAUCUAAUUGUAACAGGCCUGACAAGUACCAAUGUAAUGGAUAUACAGGCAAUUAUUAUUCACCCAAAGGGAACUUGAGUAUUAGAUUUUUCUAUACACAGGAAACAAAUAAAACAAUUGUUAAACAUUA